CAGGACACUUCCCCUGGUACCAGGAGGAACAGCCUGCUGCACUCAAACCAGAGGACAGCAGUUGGUCUGGGUCUUCUUGGACUGUUGCCUCCUGCAGGAAAGCUAAGCAUGGGAGGACGGAGGAUCGCAAGAGAUGAGGAAAAUGCCUGGGGUUCUGAAGACAGCACGUGGGGCCUGCAGGAGCGCAAGCUGAGGCUCAUCCUGGCAGGGAGGACAGGGGCGGGGAAGAGUGCCGCUGGGAACAGCAUCCUGGGCCAGAAUUGCUUCUUCUCCAAGCUCGGGGCCACCUCGGUGACCACAACGUGUGAGGUGGGGAGCUGUAAGCGGCGUCAGUGGCACGUGGAAGUCAUGGACACUCCGGACCUUUUCAGCUCCCAAGUCCCCAAGACAGACCCAGGAUUCCAGGAGCGCACGCGCUGCUACCUGCUGUCGGCACCAGGGCCCCACGCAGUGAUCCUGGUGACUCAGCUGGGCCGCUUCACGGCGCAAGACCAGCAGGCUCUGAGCGCACUCAAGGACCUGUUCGGGGACCGCGUGACGGCGCACACCAUCGUGCUGUUCACACGCAAGGAGGACCUGGCCGGGGGCUCGGUGCAGGAGUUCGUGCGUGACACGGACAACCGCGCACUGCGGAGGAUGGUGGCCGAGUGCGGGGGCCGCGUGUGCGCCUUCAACAACCGGGCGGUGGACAAGGAGCAGGAAGCCCAGGUGCAGGAGCUGCUGGAGCUGGUGGAGCACCUCAUGGACACUCACUCAGGUGUCCCCUUCACCAACGACGUGUACCACCUGGCGCAGGCGCUGGCCGGCGCGGACCCGGAGGAGCGGAGGCACAGGGUGGCGGAGAAACUAGCCCUCCGCGCUCGUGGUUACAACGGGCGGCAGCUGCUGGGCCAGCUAUGGGCUUGGGUGCAGCCCCGGAAGAUGGGCGUGGCCCUGGUGCUGGGCACUGUGGUCCUCCUGUUCUGGCUGCUGACCAGACAAAGGCCUGAGGCCAAUCUGCAGGCUUUGCCCAUGUCCCUCACCUGGCAAACUGGGAGGGAGCCUGGCAGCCCGCGAGCUGUGACAGGAAGCGUCCCAUUAAGCGGACAAACAGCGCACAGCGCCCUCGCUGGUCUCUGCGUCCUCUUUGCAGCAGUUUCGCCGCCCUCCCCGGGACUUUUUCCUGUCGGCGGGGGCGCGGGGCGGGCUCAGCACUCCCUUUACUUCUCAGUUUCUCAUAGCCUCGCUCUGGAACUUUCGACCUCCCGCAGCUCCUCGUUAAUUGCAUCCACCGGCUUCCUGCGCGCCCACGGCGCACGCACAUUCCCGCGGCCGCCGAGCACUGCGCCCGCAGCGCCUCUCCAGAAGAGAAUGGAAGGACAGCCAAAGAGCAUAUACGGAACUAUGGCUGAAGGCAGAGUGAAAAAUAACCAGUCGGAAUCAUCAUCCUCACUGAGGCUCAUCCUGGUGGGCAGAUCCGGCUGCGGAAAAAGUGCCACUGGGAACAGCAUCCUGUGCCAGCCCAAGUUUGAGUCCAAAAUGUCCGCCCGGGCAGUGACCAGGACGUGCCAGGAGGGCACGGUCAUGUGGAACGGGAGGAACAUCCUGGUGGUUGACACGCCCUCCAUCUUUGAGGCAAAGACCCAGAACCAAGAGAUGUACAAGGACAUUGGGGACUGCUACCUGCUCUCAGCCCCAGGGCCCCACGUGCUGCUGCUGGUGACGCAGCUGGGCCGCUUCACUGCCCAGGACAUAAUGGCAGUGAGGAGGGUGAAGGAGGUCUUCGGGGCAGGCGCCAUGCGACACGUGGUGGUCCUCUUCACCCACAGAGAGGACCUGGGGGGCGAGUCCUUGAAAGAGUACGUAGCCAACACAGACAACCUCAGCCUGCGGAUCCUAGUCCACGAGUGCGGGGGCAGGUACUGUGGCUUCAACAACCGGGCCACCGAGGAGGAGCAGAGGGAGCAGCUGGCGGAGCUGAUGGCUGUGGUGGAGAGCCUGGAGGAGGAGCUCCAGGGCGCCUACUAUAAGAACAACCUCUUCUUGCAUGCACAGGAGCACAAGAGAAACAGGGGCGGCACCUCUGGGCAGGAGUACAGGCGCUACCUAGCCCAGGUGGAAGAGCAGGUUGAAAAGCAAAAGCGAGACCUGAAGGAGACGGAGAGUCACGGGCUGUCCAGGGCACUCCGCAGGGUGAAAAAGUGGAUCUGGUCUCACAUUGGGUUAUCUGCAUUUAUUGCGAUAUGCAUUUUGAUUUAUCUUGCCGUUUUAAUUAACUGGGGAAUUACUCGUUCGCACUAAGCAUUUCCACUGACUCCUACGAUUGGCUUUUUGUUUCCAGACUCGCCAUCUCUGUGUAUGUAAGAUACUUGAUUUGCUUUUUACUUAGUGUCAGGUUCAGUUUCUCUUCCCUGUAUCAGACAUGCCCAAGUGCUUAAAGAGAAAUAAAACCCAAAAGAAAAAAAAAA